AUGCGUGUCGUUUUAGAAGGGGAGCUGCAGCUGUCAAGAGCCACAAUCAAAUCCUUGGAGAGUAAGUUCCCGAGAAUCUGGGGUGUCAGCAUCCAGGCCAACUUGAAACCCACCGCGGCCUGGCUUGCAGAUGUUGGACUGACCCGGAAGCAGGUGGCCAAAGUCGUUGCUGGCUUUCCUCCAGUCUUGCGCUGCAGCAUCGAGGCCAAUCUGAAACCUACAGUGGCCUGGCUCGAGGAUGUUGGGCUGAGCCGACAACAAGUGGCCAAAGUCGUUGCUGGCUUUCCUCCAGUGUUGGGCUACAGCAUCGACGGCAAUCUAAAACCCACAGUGGCCUGGCUCGAGGAUGUUGGGCUGAGCCGAGAGCAGGUGGCCAAAGUCGUUGCUACACUUCCUCAAGUUUUGGGCUACAGCAUCGACGGCAAUUUAAAACCCACAGUGGCCUGGCUCCAGGAUGUUGGGCUGAGCCGAGAGCAGGUGGCCAAAGUCGUUGCUCGCAAUCCUCAAGUUUUGGGCUACAGCAUCCGGGCCAAUCUAUCAGUUAAGCAUCAACUGCUGCAGGGCUUCUUUUGUGACAACGAUAUUUGCCGCAUGUUUGUCUAUCUUCCUGCUGUGCUCGGCUACAGCAUCCGGCGCCUGCAUCAUCGCUUGCAUGUGCUGCACCAGAACAGUCAGAUGGAAAAGCUGGCUGCCACAAUGAGACGGAGGAUACUCUCAACUCUCGAGGUGUCUCCUGAUAUUGCAUUGUUUUUGAGCGGAUUUCGGAAGAUGAUGAAGGUGACGGACAGUACAGGCAAAGUCAAUCCGGCGUCGCUGCGCUUGCGAUGCUGCCGGCAAUGCUGCACCUCAGCUGAAACUUGUGCUGAAACAGAUGCAUUCGAGGCUGCAGCACGGACAUGGACUGAAGCAGAUACUCUGAAGAACCAGCUGUCGGUACUUCAGCUCUUUUUGCCUCGCCUCGUCCCCAAGCCCGAGCUCCCGGCUCUUUGUGAGUUUUCAAGGAGCCGCUGCCUGCGCCCGGAUGCCGUGGCGCAGAGCUUUGGCAUGGAAUGCUUCAGGGCUUUUAAAGUGGUGGAGAAAGAGCAUAAUAAAGAGCUUUACAUGGAGGGCCUCGGCUUUAAAGGCGAGUUUCGUGGCAUGGCAGCAGAUGGUGGUGUACUGCAUUGGCAGCAGACCCUUUCUCUGCUUCCGAGACUCCGCGAGGGCCCCCGGGUUCGGCCUCCACAGGCGCUCAUCGCCUGCAACACGGCCAUGGUCACCCUCGAGCGCGCCUCACGCUGGGCCGGCGCCCUUGCGAUCUUCGAAGCGCUGCCGCGGCAGCUGCCGGGCGUGCAUCAGAGGUCCCUGGCGCCCAGCGGCGCGUCCUUAACCACCGCCCUGCUGGCUUUGCGCUCCGGCUCCCUCUGGCAGGCGCCGGUGCCAGCCAAG